AUGGGUCAGGACGAAAGUAUUCCAAAGGAAAAUGAGAAGCUUGCCUUUUCAGAAGGCUCUGCAAAUAUAUACAUGCCUGCGGAAUACACUGAAAAUGAAAUUUUUUACAAUCCAGUUCAACAAUUUAACCGAGAUUUAACUUGUGCAGUUAUUCAAGCAUAUAGGAAUAGUAUAAAGGACGAUAUUUCGAUAUUUGAAGCAUUUGCAGCUUCUGGACUUCGUUCAAUUCGUUAUGCAAAAGAAGUUUCAGGAGUUAAAAAAAUUAUCGCCAAUGACUUGGAUCAAGCAGCCGUUGAGAUCAUCAAGAGAAAUAUUUUGAUUAACAAAGUUUCUAAUCUUGUUACUGCAUCUCAAGGAGACGCCAGAGAAAAAAUGCUUGAAAAUGAAAACCAAUUUCAAGUUUUAGACUUAGAUCCAUACUCUACAGCUGCACCAUUCCUUGAAGGUGUCGUUAAAGCAGCAACUGAUGGAGCUUUACUGUGCAUAACAAGUACAGAUGGACGUACACUUUGUGGUGUCCAACCUGAUGUUGCAUACUAA